AUGGCGGAUAAAUUGCGCACUCUUCAGAAUCUCGAGGCCCUCCAAGCCCGCUACGUCGGUACCGGCCACGCUGAUACCACUAAAUACGAGUGGACGUCCAACAUCCUCCGUGAUAGCUAUGCAUCGUACAUCGGACACCCGCCCCUGUUGGAAUACAUGGCAAUAGGGAUGGGCGAGAACAAGGAGAAAGUUCGGGCUAUGAUGAUAGAAAAGAUGGUCCGCGGGGCGGGGAACCCGCCGGAGGUGCAAGAAUAA